CGAGUGCUGCGUCCUUGCGGUUUUCAUUUUUGGCGAGUUACUUAGGUAAAGAGGACAAAAUAGAACGAAAUGAUUGCAUUUUGACCCCAGAAACUCAACAGGAAAAGAGGAGUAGGAACUUAGAGAGCUGUGCGAUGCCCUUCUCAAAGGUAACCUAGAUUCAAAAUGAAUAGCGAUCAGGUGGCACUGGUGGGCCAAGUGUUUGAGUCCUACGUUUCGGAGUACCAUAGGAGCGACAUCGUUCUAAUCUUGAAGGCAGACGAUGAGGACGUCCACUACCCAGUGGUGGUCAACGCCAUGACCCUGUUUGAGACCAACAUGGAAGUGGGGGAGUAUUUCACCACGUUCCCCAACGAGGUGCUGACUGUGUUUGAUAGCGCCCUGCGAAGGGCAGCCCUGACAGUUUUCCAGUCCCUUGCUCAGCAUGAGGCUGUUUCCAUGAAGCACAAUCUUCAUGCUAGGAUAUCAGGUUUGCCAGUAUGUCCGGAGCUGGUGAGGGAGCACAUCCCUAAGACCAAGGACGUGGGACACUUUUUGUCUGUCACCGGGACAGUGAUUCGAACGAGUCUGGUGAAGGUCCUGGAGUUUGAACGGGAUUACAUGUGCAACAAGUGCAAAUACAGAUUCGCGGUCAAGGCUGAUUUUGAGCAGUAUUACGUCUUCUGCCGGCCGUCCUCAUGUCCCAGCUUGGAGAGCUGUGAUUCCUCGAAAUUCACUUGCCUCUCAGACUUGUCUUCAAAUCCAGCCAGGUGUAGAGAUUACCAGGAAAUCAAAAUUCAAGAACAGGUUCAGAAGCUGUCUGUUGGAAGUAUUCCACGAUCUAUGAAGGUUAUCCUAGAAGAUGACUUAGUAGACAGCUGCAAAUCUGGGGAUGACCUCACUAUCUAUGGGGUUGUGAUACAGCGCUGGAAGCCCUUUCAGCAAGAUGUGCGCUGUGAAGUGGAGAUAGUCCUGAGAGCGAACUACGUGCAGAUAAAUAACGAGCAGUCCUCUGGGAUCGUCGUGGAUGAGGAAGUCCGAAAGGAGUUUGAGGAGUUCUGGGAGUGCUACAGAAGUGAUCCCUUUGCAGGAAGGAAUGAGAUACUGGCUAGCCUAUGUCCCCAGGUGUUCGGGAUGUAUCUGGUGAAGCUCGCCGUGGCCAUGGUCCUGGCUGGUGGGAUUCAGAGGACCGAUGCUGCAGGAACGAGGGUCAGAGGUGAAUCUCAUCUUCUGUUGGUUGGAGAUCCUGGCACUGGGAAAUCCCAGUUCCUCAAAUAUGCAGCCAAGAUUACACCAAGGUCUGUGCUGACAGCAGGAAUUGGAUCCACCAGUGCAGGUAUUUUAUGUGACAGCUUCAAGUAAUUUAUGUUUACUAUAAACGUAAUACUUUUUCUCUUUAUGAAAAAAUACCUAUAGAAUAAAUUUCAAGCUAAGUUUUUAAGAAUUACUGCCAAAAUUGAAGGAAAUAUGUAAUGUUGCUUUUGUAGUUCUGAGAAAAUAUUUUAAAAGGUCUGUCUUCACUUCUGUUUGUUUGAAUUUUAAAUGAUGCUAUAAUUUUUCUCAUUUUCUGUAAUUACCUUCAUACGUAUUUAUGCAAGGAAAUAUACACAUCAUCAGGCAUUUUAUGAAAACCCAGCAAACCGAACAUCACAGUAAAGUGGAUGGGGGACAUUUCACUUUACAACAUUAGUUAGUGGCGAAGAGUGUGAUGAGUUCGUACGGGUGAAUCCCAGCACCGGCGGCUCUUAGGCAGAGGUGUGCCAGUGGCAUUUGGACAGCGUACCUUCCCUCCGCAGCAGGGAGCUUCCUUCACAGUGUAGACUCUUCAGCGCAGAUGGUGAAAGUCUUUGUAGCUAGGUGAAAGAUUAGUUUUUAAGGUGACUUAGGGAAUUUGUGAAGUUUCAUUUUAAAAAUGUGUUUUGAUGCCAUUUUAUAUUUUUAGUUUUGAUUGGAGUCAUAUUUCUCCAUUUCUUCUAAAGAGAGGUGUUGGGUUCACACAUUCUAGGUAUGUAAUUUUCUGCUUACGGGAACUAAACUUCCAUGGCCUAUGUUCAAACUUCUAACCAGCAUAUACUUUAAAAUUGGUCAUACAACAGAAAAUGCUCCAUAACUACUGGUCCUGUGUAAGUACUCUCAGGUGUUAGAAGAUAAGUGUGACCAGACAGUCUGUAACAAACAGUGACAAGAAAGGGAUUUGUAAGUUGAGAGGUGUGGACCAAGUACAAAUGGUGGAAGGAAAAUAGACAAGAAUAUAUAAAGAAUACUUCAUACAUUUUAAAAUUGUUAUGACCCAGGGUUCUAGAGUUCUGGUAAGAUGGUGUCAGCAAUGAGAAAUAAAGAUGUUUCCUCGGUGAUUACAGGGAAUGCUUAAGUAAUUGCAUGGAGAGUCCGCAGACCACUUGGGGCAUUUCAUGGUGAAUGGUGGCUAAUUCAGUGUCAAUAAAUUGUCUAAGUGUGGUAGCUCUUUUGUAUGCGGAAUCAUAAUCUGAAUAUGAGAGAUGAGGCUGGUAGAGUAUAAAUUGUGUAGUUCUAGAAAUUUCUUGCUACUUCUCUUCCACCCUAAGGACCAGGGUAGCCUUUUUCAGCCUCUGUACUGCAACUCAAUAGGGAGUUGUACCGUAUACGUAAGAGUGCAUGAAAGGGAGCAUUUUCGUGAUUUUUAAUGCAAAUAUAUACUUGGGUUGCUUAUUUCACACCAUGGAUUAGAUAAAAAGCUCUGAAAACUGCUGCCAACUUGGUAAAACUGGAAACCACCAAUUUUAAAACAGAACCCUAGGGUCGCAUAAGGAUAUGAGAGUACAAAUGCAUGGUGCUCCCCGAGACUUGGCUGUUUUUCUGUCCAAAUGCUACUCUCCCUUCCUUCCAGCCCACUCUCCUGUGUCUUCAUGGCAAAGUAAUAUGUGCCUGUUUAUAUUCCCCACACAAAAUUCCUUAAAAUGCCAUCAAGGUGGGGAGGGACAGACUGAAGCCUUCUCUCUGAUUUAGUGUCUGAAGAUGAAGCUAAAUGGGAAAAGUAUAUGCUUCUUUCUUUUUAAAAUCUGAGUCUGUAUUUUGUCAUGCUCUAAAGUUGUCUUAUAUAGCCAUAAAAUUUAAGAUAAAAAGGUAAUGAGCCAAGCAUGGUGGCACAUACCUGUAAUCCCAGUGCUUACGAGGCUGAGAUG